AUGAACCCCUUCGCUUUCCGGCCCGCUCAGGUAACGAUAUGGACAACCAUCGUCUAUCUGGCCCUUCUCAUACCUGUCAUUGUCCUAAAUGAGUCCGUUCCACCUGCGCCAUCCAAUCCCAGCCCACGCACCGGGAUCAACCUCACCGAAAGCUGGCACGAUCUGGCUACUCUGACCCAGGGCUACCAUCCGUACAACAGUCACAAGAAUGACGAGGUCCGAAAUUGGCUACUUCUACGCAUCCAGCAGAUUCUUGAUGGGAACGACGCCGACUGGGUCACAGAAGAGUCCAUCGGCAAGAAACCGUCAAACUACUCAGUCAGAGCACUCAAGUUGUCGGAGAGCAGGCCGGAGGAAUCCAGCCAUAAUGUGACUGUAUUUAAUGACCUCAUGUCCAAUGUGACAGUGCGCUUUGGGGGCCUCCCGGGGUCGCACGGGUCCGAAGAAGGCCAGUCUGGUAACGCGGCUUACUUUGAGGGUACCAAUGUGAUCGUCUACAUUCGUGGCUCUCUCGACGAGGAAGGGGAAUGGUGGAAACGGAAACGCAACCACGUCAAACUGCCAAUUGGAAAGGGCGGGGUUAUGGUGAACGCGCAUUACGACUCAGUCUCUACUGGGUUUGGAGCGACUGACGACGGCAUCGGCGUUGUGACUGUCCUCCAGUUAAUCAAACAUUUCACGACACCCGGCAAACAACCCAAGCACGGCAUCGUCGCGUUACUCAACAACGGCGAAGAGGACUUCCUCUAUGGGGCCCGAGCUUUUGGAAACAGCCCCUUGCUGCCCUUUGUGCACACCUUUCUGAAUCUCGAAGGUGCUGGCGCUGGUGGACGUGCAACUCUUUUCCGUGGCACGGAUAAGGAGGUUAUAAGCGCCUACGCCAAAUCGCCCGACCCAUUCUCCACCGUCAUCAGCUCCGACAGCUUUUCGUUGGGAGCAAUCAAGAGCCAGACCGACUACGUCAUCUUUAAUGGUGUCUACGGGCAGAGAGGCCUCGAUGUGGCCUUCUAUCGACCAAGAGCACGGUACCAUACCAAAGAUGAUGACGCAAGACAUGCUAGUCGGGCCAGUCUGUGGCACAUGCUGUCCUCAUCAAUUGCUACGCUGCAAGACCUGUCAGAUAGAACCUUCAGCGGGGAAGUAUCAGAAGAUACUUCCAGCGUUGUGCCAAAUGGUAGAGGCAGCAAGGCAGUAUGGUUCGAUCUGUUUGGUAAAGGCUUUGUGCUCUUCAACUUGAGAGCCAUGUUCGCAUGGUCCUUAACACUGCUCAUCGCGACACCACUUAUCCUCAUACUGCUAACGUAUUUGCUCCAGAAGAAGGGGAAAUACUACUUCUUCUCAAACAGGGUUACUGUCUAUGAGCAGCCAAACUCCGAUUCGGAAGACUCUGAACGAGUCAAAAUUGGAGGCCUCAGAGGCAUUUUCCGUUUUCCUCUGGCAAUCAGUGUCUCCGGGGCGCUUCUCUUUGGCGCGGCGUUCCUUGUCAGGAAGUUUAAUCCCUACAUCGUUCACAGCAGCGUAUAUUCAGUAUGGGCAAUGUUUGUCUCUCUGGGAUACUUUUCCUUCUGGUGCAUCAUGAGAGGCGCACAUGUAGCGAGACCGAGUGCCCUUCACCGGGGCUAUGUCAACAUUUGGCUGUUCACAUUAGCGUGGGCUGUUCUAGUGGCCGUCACGGUUUUUGAGGACCGAUUCGACAUUGCGGCUGGCUAUCCUUUCGUGUUCCUCCAGUCAGCUCUAUUCUUGACGACACUCACUUCAAUCCUCGAGUUAUUCGCUCUUCCGAACAUGAAGACGUACGGACAGCAGCUCAGGGAGGAGCACGAAAACCACGACCAUCUUGAUGAAGUUCCUACUUCUGAUGCGAUGAUCACCCCGGGCCCUGACGAAGUCAGCAGUCUUGCAUCAAAUGAAGGAGCUGAUGAUGCGUCAGGGAGAGAGCCUCCCGAUGUGACCACGCCUCUUAUUGCUAGGACUGGCCGUGGCGAAGACUCACAGAGGACAUUCGCGACGAGAUAUCGGCGCUCGAUCGCAGCCAUAACUGACUCUGCAACCAAGAAAGGGGGCCCUGACAAUAAGAAGGCUCUUGGCGGUGAGCAAGCCUGGUCCGAGAACUUGCCAUCAUGGACCUGGUUCAUCCAGUUCCUGAUCCUUGGGCCCUUCAUGAUCAUCCUUGCAGCUCAGAACGGGCUGUUCUUAGUGGACGCUAUGCGUCAGACAGGGAUUGAAGGCUCUGCUGCUGUGUUCCCAUUCCUCCUCGUUGCCGCAUUCACCAUUCUCCUACUCUUGCCUCUCAUGCCUUUCAUUCACCGCCUUACGUACCAUAUCCCACUAUUCCUUCUGUGCAUAUUCAUCGCUACUCUGGUUUAUAAUCUUGUUGCCUUCCCAUUCUCACCGGACAACAAGUACAAGGCCUUUUGGCAACAAACCAUUGAUCUGGACACGGGAGAUUCUAUCGUCAAGUUCGGCGGUGUGGAAGAAUACUUGCGUCUCAUUAUCUCGGACUUGCCUUCUGCCGCCGGAAAGACUGUGACCUGCCAAAAGUCGACGACCAGGGCUGAUGUCUCAGACUGCGUAUACGAUGGAAAAGACGUUGCACCCAACGUGGCCAACAACCUUCCAGAGGGUGUUCCCCCAGUUUUGGGCUACGGUAAAUUGUUGGACUUGGACGUAGCACGUACAGGGCCUAGCGAAGCCAAGUUUACUAUCAACGCGAAGAACACCAAGUCUUGCGUCAUCAAGUUCGCGCGUCCAAUUAAGAAUUUCUCUGUCGCGGGCGGCACAGGUUGGGAUAAUCGAUUUGGGCCAAUACCCGAAGGUGGGAUCGAUCAGGUCCUCCUGUGGAGACGUGAUUGGAACAAGACAUGGGAGGUACAUGUUGAGUGGGAUCCUGAAGCAGAGACACAUCAAGCUCAUGACGAGGAUGGGAACCAAGAGGUAUACGUCUCCCCGGUUGACGAGCUGAAGCGAAGCACAGUUGGCCUUGAUGGAAACGUCACCUGUAUCUGGAGUGACAUCAACACACCGGGAACAAUCCCGGCGUUGGAUGAGGCUAUUCAGUACGCGCCUUCCUGGGCUGUGAUCACGAAGUUUGCUCCCGGUCUGGUGGAGGGCAGCAAAGUUUUCAAGAUUUGA